AAAAUUUCGUUCGUUAGAUUUGCGGUGGAAAUCUUUUUAUAAAGCAGACAAAAACGUAUUAUGCAUAGCAGUUUUGUAGGUGGUUUAUUUGCUGACCAUUCGUUGAAAUCACCGCACAGUGCACAGAUCUAGUGCCUAUCAAAUCCACAAGUUAUACCAAUAACAAUUUUUAUCAAUCAGCUGAUCCCAAUGUAUACAUAACGGAAAGCAUACAUAAGCGACUGUGAAAAAUGCGGGGAAAAGAGCAUUUUAUGCUCAUGCUCAAUGGAUAAAACGUGACAUGAGUGGUCUAAGUGGCAAAUCAUACGAGAAAACAUAUUUCCACUGGCAAAAGUGUAUGAUGUGAACUGAAAAAUCAAUUUGUUUUGAUAAAAAAAAGCUAAUUUCAAAUUGGAUUAAUUCCGUUUCGGGACUUGAGAGUUUAAAACAAUGUCCGGGUUGCGGCAUUGCAAAUCGUUGCAAGAAUGUGUCCGAGAUGAUAAAAUCGCGUACUUUUAGCGUUUUGAAAAAGUUGUGAACGUUUUUCGUUGUAAAUGGUUUCGUUGAUUUGAAGAAAGGAGAUAUUUUAUACGCUCGUUCGAGAACCGAAAAUAAAAAUUGUGUUUGGAACAUGAAGAUUUUAAAGAGUUAAAAUGGCUGAUUUACAGGCAACUAUUGAAUUCGCUGUGGAAUUCUACAAAUUUUACAAUGUCGAUUUGUUUCAACGAGGACUAUACCAAAUUCGUUGUUCUCUUCGAGCAUCAUCGCGAUUGCCAAUUCAGGUGGAAACAUGUAUACCGGAAGCAUCGUCGACUGCUUUUCCAUCAGCAUCCAUUGUAAAUGGCACUGGGGCAACACACGUCUUUCAAAUACUUUACCGAAAUGAAGAAGUUUCGUUGAAAGAAGCGAUAAUUUUUCGUGCUCAUUUACUACUGGAUAGUCGUCAUUUGAAAGACUCAAUUGAACGCGCUGAAUUUUCACUGAAUGUUGAACUAUGGUUCGGAGAGAAGGCAACCGAGACAAGUCUGGUGUCAUCUAGAAAUUUGAAACUUAACUUCCAUCCAGUCAAAGGCCUACACUAUCAUUUGCCGAUUCUGUUCGAUUAUUUUCAUUUAUCGUCGAUCACAAUGGGAAUUCAUGCAAGCUUAAUUGCGUUACAUCAGCCUUAUAUUAAUGCACCAAAGAGCACGAAACCGUGGACAGCCAAUGGAUUCAGCUGCCGUGGUACUAUAUCGCCAAAGUCAAUGGAACAAGUAUUUUUUAGCUCACAAGUGGGUGGAACAAUAAAAUGUGCCGGCGGUACGGGUGCUAGGAUGUCAAAUGCGCGACAAUUACAUAUAGAGAUAUGUAAACUACUCUUAGAUGCCAUAGAGUCGUUGCAGGCGAAUCUAAUGGAAUUUUGUACAGUACUACCUCAUCAAUGGUCAGUUUUGGUAAAUUUAUCAUCAGCAAACCUAGACACCAGCCAAAGGCUACGAAAGUUAGCCGAUCUUGCAAAGCUUACUGACAACGAAGAAGACUUUGUUGCGUGUGCAAAUUCCGACAUUGCUCAGCUGUGCGCUGAAUGCAUACUGUUUUGGCGACGUGUACUAGCUACAGCCAGUCAACCGUCGGUUCACGCUUUGCUUGCCAAGAAACACCACACAAUUCGAGUUCGUCGGUUUGCGGAAGGUUUUUUUAUGAUGGAAAAUCCUCGUGGCUGCUGCGACACAAACUAUCAGAGCUAUGGCACCAUAUGCGAACUGGCCCGACGAUCACGCUAUAUGCUUUUACUACCUCCACUGCCAGUGCAUUGUAACACGCUAGAUGGUGAUUCGAGUUCGUUACCGUUAAUUUUCGAAGACCGUUACCGAGAUACGCCAAAGUUUUCAAACAAGCAGAUGGGAAGUGAUCCACAUUUGAAUGCCAGUGAGAAUGUGUCAAAAACUGCCUUGCAGUCGGUGCGCAACAAUUCCACCUCGAAUUUGAAUGGUCGGAAACAGUGCUCGUGUGGAGUAGUCUCGUUACACAGCGAACUCAAUCCGAAAAACUCCAAUUUCGUCGAAGUGUUGACAUCGCGCUCCGCAUUACCAGGUGAUAUAUUUCAAGCUAGCUUGUCCAUCCAACCGACCACCCAAAACGGUCUGAUGCCCAGAACGUUGUCACAUCACUCCGUAUCCACACUACCUGCUCCAAAAGACAGGUGGGAUCAGAACCACUUCUAUUGCCACAACGGUGGUCUGGUAAUACAGACCAAUCACAGCAAAUCUUUGGAUCAAUUGGAAGUUGUGGUGCCAAUGAGUUCAAUGUCACAUGAGCAGAAGCAAAUCAAAAGUCAUAGAAAUGGUACCAAUUCCGUCAAGCAAUUGAACAAUGACGUGAUAGUAUCGAACGAUCUACUGGCUAAUAUCAACGAAUUUCGAGAAAAGUAUAAAAACCCCGGAGGCACAAUAAAUCAUUCCACACUUGCCAAUACCAGCGAUGUGGUGGCAGUUUUCUCACAACACCCAGUCACAACGCUCGAUCGAACGAACAAAUGUACGAAGGAAAAGCUAGCAAAAGAUUCGACCAAUGAAACGAAUCACCAACAAGGAACGAACACCUCGGCUCAACAAUGUGGCUACAAUUCAUUGCCGAAAAAUGGCGAAAUCGGUCUUCGAAAUUCAUAUCCACCCAUCCAUGGCAAAAAACGAAUUCCCGUCAAUAAGCCACAGUACGAUUUGGUAUCGUCCAACAACACAUUUCCUCGCAGCAAAUCGGCACACAAUUUACAUCGAGAUGCUGUAUCGAACAAUGCAAACGAAUUGAAACGUAACGGCGACGCGAAAUAUCGUUCGAACAACGGUCACCCUCAAAUGUCCAACUCGAGUAGUUCAGAAAGUGAACUGGUUAAGCCAACGAACCGGAAAUAUGUGAAACUUUUACCGUUAUCGUCUAGUGUGCCUUUUAAAUUAGAAAAUUGCGAUUCAAAUAUGAAAUCCUUCCGGGACGGCUUGCCACAACCUCCACCACAAUUUAUUGCUUCGCCCAUCAGCAGUGAGUCGUCGCUGAGCGAUCACAGCGGCUGGGUAUCCAGUCGAAAGAGUUCAGGUCCAUCUAGCCCAGAAACAUUGAAAGACGAACAACAGACCAUGGUCAAUGGCGAGCAAUUACGGUUGAAACUGCUACAACUACUGAACGAUCAACCUGACAAAGUGAAAAUAUCGAAUGGAAAUGGACAAACGGCAGAACCGCGACCAAUGAUUCACAAGAAAACUUCAUCGGUAACUGUGCGUCUACCUCCAUCCACCUUACGGAUAAGGAACAUGAAAGAUGAAUGGAUCGAAACGCCACCAGUUCAGAAUUGCAUCCAUCCGUACAUCAGCAAGGAAAUUUAUCGAUUUUCUAAAAUGCAACUAUUGACCCGAGCAAACGAAUCAAAAUGGAAAUCCUUGGAUCAAACUGAAAAAUCAAAAUCGGAAUUCGAUCUGACAAAUGUUAGCGAAGAGUUCCAGUUACCCCCGCCCCAACAAUUCCGUGAUGCUCCCCUACCACCAUACGAAUUCAGAGACGUUGAUACGAAUGAUUCAUCUACGAAAACUACGAAAGCAUCACAAGAACCGAUCCUACAUACCAGUCAUUCCACUGACGUUGGGGCUAUUGAUAAUCCACUGUACCAUGUGUACGACGGUCGGAUCAAUGAACGACAAGUUGUUAAAUGUAAAAGCAGUAACGACUUGACACUGUCCGGUGCGACUGAAGAUGAUAAAAAUCAAAUAAAUACUCGGAAGCCGAAGCGAAAGUCGUUUCGAAAUUUCGCGAAAGGUACGAUCGACGAGCCGCCAUUACUGGAAUUCGAAAAAUGUCGAGAGGAAUUCCGCAAACAAAUCAAAUACGCCGGACAAAUUUACUCAUAUUUCAAUAAAUUUGCAUCGGAAAUGCCAUAUUUCCAUAUCAGCAACGAAUAUCGAUCAUUUUCCGCGAACGGAAUGCAUUUGAUAAUCUGCGUCCAUGGAUUGGACGGCAAUUCGGCCGAUUUAAGACUCGUUCGCACUUACCUGGAAUUGGGAUUGCCCGGAAGUCAUUUGGAAUUUUUGAUGUCUGAGCGAAAUCAGGGGGAUACGUUUUCCGAUUUCGAUACCAUGACUGAUCGACUAGUUCACGAAAUUCUCUGUCAUAUCGAAACAUAUGGACUGAAUCCGACAAGGAUAUCAUUUGUGGCUCAUUCACUCGGUACGAUUAUAGUUCGAUCAGCGCUGGCCCGUCCACAAAUGCGUAUGCUUCUACCAAAACUUUACACAUUUUUGUCACUAUCGGGACCGCAUCUGGGGACACUUUACAACAGUAGCGGUCUAGUAAAUAUGGGUAUGUGGUUCAUGCAAAAGUGGAAAAAGUCUGGUUCCCUUUUGCAAUUAUGUUUACGAGACUCAGCAGACUUGCGCCAAAGUUUUCUGUACCGCUUAAGCCAAAGAAGUACAUUGCAUCAAUUCAAAAACGUUCUGCUGUGCGGAUCCAGCCAGGAUCGGUACGUUCCACCGCACUCAGCGAGAUUGGAAUUAUGCAAAUCAGCUAUACAAGACAUGUCAAAUUUAGGCGUUGUUUAUCGCGAAAUGGUACACAAUAUAAUCGCACCGAUGCUGGCCAGAUCAGAAUUGACCAUCGCCCGGUUCGACGUUCAUCAUGCAUUACCACAUUCUGCCAACGCGCUGAUCGGCAGGGCUGCUCAUAUAGCCGUUUUGGAUUCGGAAUUGUUUAUCGAAAAAUUUUUACUCGUCGCUGGACUGAAGUAUUUCAAUUAGAUAUUUAUACGUAAAAUGUUUUUGCGGUCAUUUUAACGUUGCAUGAUCGGUUUUAGCCACACGAUAAGAUAUACGUAAACACUAACAGCCAUGGAAAAUGAAAUUAAAAAAAGUUUUAAAUUUAGGAGUAACACAAACCUUAAACAGGAACCUUAUGAUAGCGAAUAGAGAUGAGACGAAAAAGAAAAUCGCCCGUUUUAGUCAAUUAGCUAAGUUGUGAGUCGAAUUUAUAUUUAAAAGAAAAGUAAAAUUUUAUCGAGAAAGCUUUUAUGGAUUAAGAAGAUGCAUGAGAAUAUAGUGUUUCGCCUAAAUAGGAUACAGUCAGUAAACGUUAUUAAUGUCGUAUGAAU